AUGUUACCAUAUCUGACAGAAUCUGUCAUGGCUGCUGGUGAGAAUGUCACAAGCUUGUCUACAACCGAUCUGACAUGCCAUGUUACCAUUGAUGACUUCCGAAAUCAAGUGUACUCUACAGUGUACUCCAUCGUCACCGUGCUGGGAUUUGUAGGAAAUGGCUUUGUGUUGUGUGUCCUGAUAAGGACAUACCACGACAAGACAGCUUUCCAAGUGUACAUGCUCAACCUUGCCAUUUCAGAUCUCCUCUUUGUAUGCACCCUACCUUUGCGGGUGGUGUACUACAAUUACAAAGGCAACUGGUUCUUUGGCGACAUCUUGUGCCGGGUCACUUCGUACGCAUUGUACGUCAACUUGUACUGCAGCAUCUUCUUCAUGACAGCUAUGAGCUUCUUCCGCUGCAUUGCCAUCGUCUUCCCAGUCCAGAACAUCCAUUUCUUAACGGAGAAAAGAGCCAGGCUGAUCUGCGCGGCGAUCUGGAUUUUUGUGAUGCUGACGAGUACACCAUUUCUGCAGAGAGGCUCGUACGAAGAUCCGGAGACCAACAAGACUAAGUGCUACGAACCACCGUCGGGCGGGAUGGUGGUGAAGCUCAUGGCCCUGCACUACGUUGCAUUGUUUGUCGGUUUCAUUGUGCCGUUUGCCAUCAUCACCAUCUGCUGCACCAUGAUCAUAAGGGCCUUGUUGAAAAAUUCAAUGCAUAAGAAGCAAGGAACCCGCAGGAAAGCUGCCUGGAUGGUCAUCAUCGUGACCUUGACCUUCCUGAUCAGCUUCUCUCCUUACCAUGUUCAGCGCACGGUCCAUAUCCAUUUUAUGAUGAGAAAAGACAAAAGCUGCGAGGAUGUCCUCUAUAUGCAGAAGUCGGUGGUGAUAACUCUUUCUCUGGCGGCGAUGAACUGUUGCUUCGACCCACUUCUCUAUUUCUUUUCUGGGGCCAACUUUCGCAGAAGGCUUUCUACUUUCCGGAAGGCUUCAGCCUCCAGCGUGUCACAGUCGCAAAGGGUGAAGUUGCCCUCAAAGAACUUAGAUGAGGAAGCAUCUAAGGAAAAGAUGCAAGAAAUUGUGGAAUGA